ACAGAGGUGGGGGUGGAGUCACGUAUCAUCCGUCUGUUGAAGAGACCUUUAGACUGAAACAUACAAGGCACAGAAUGGGAUUGGUGUAGGUGUACAAAAAGGCCAGCAUGGGCGUGCUGGGCCGAAGGGCCUGUUUCUGUGUUGUAUAGCUCUGUGACUUCGACCUGAAACAUAACUCCCUCUCCACAGAGGCUGCCCGACCUGCGGACGGUUUCAGCGUUUGAUUUGAUGUGCAGCGGCCUCCCCGAAGCCGGGACUCCGAGAGAGACAGACUCGCCCCCACCUCCCCCACCACCCCGGGCGGCUCCACAUCCCCGCCGCGGCCCCGAGUGCAGGCAGGGGAGGCUCGGCUCGGCUCGGCUCGGCUGUGCGGGCAUUCCCCGGCUCCCCGGCACCGGCCGCCUGGUGACUCAGCCGCUCUCGACGAAACCCGACAGGUAGAUCAGAUGAUGGCCGUGCACCCACGCAGGGUGCGUUUGAAGCCAUGGCUCGUGGCCCAAGUGGACAGUGGACUCUUCCCAGGUCUGGUUUGGCUCCACCGAGAAAACAAACGAUUCCAAAUCCCUUGGAAACAUGCAACUCGCCACAGCCCUCCUCAGGAGGAAGAAAACACAAUCUUUAAGGCUUGGGCUGUAGAGACGGGGAAAUAUCAGGAAGGAAUCGAUGAACCAGAUCCUGCCAAGUGGAAGGCUCAGCUUCGCUGUGCUCUUAACAAAAGCCGUGAAUUCAACCUCAUUUACGACGGCACCAAAGAGGUUCCGAUGAACCCGCUGAAGAUUUACGAAGUGUGUGACAUCCCCCAGAGUAACGGUGGACACAGUAAUCCAGGAUCGGUUCCGUGGGAGGAAAACGAUGUGGACUUGGAAGACGAGGAGGAUGAUGACCUGAGUUCUCAGCCCCAAGUUGAAAUGCAGGAGAGCUUCCCGUUUCUUAAUUUAAAUGACUCACCAAUGCCGCCAGCAAGCGUUGCCAGCUGCUCUCCCAGUGAGUGGAUAAAGACCGACCCCGACCAGAUCCUGCAGGGAGAUCCCCAUCUACCGGCGGAGAUGUUCAGCACUCCUGAAACGUGGAUCAACUCACUGCCCAUGACGGACCUGGAGAUCCAGUUCCAGUACCGAGGCAAAGAGCUGGGACCAGCCCUCACUGUCAGUAACCCGCAGGGAUGCCGCCUGUUUUAUGGGGACCUGGGUCCGAUGCCCAACCAGGAGGAGUUGUUUGGACCAGUUUCCCUUGAACAAAUCAAGUUUCCUGGGACAGAUCACAUCCUGAACGAGAAGCAGCGCCUGUUCACCAACCGGCUGCUGGACGUGAUGGACCGCGGUCUCAUCCUGGAGGUUAGCGGGCAUGCCAUCUACGCCAUCCGCCUGUGCCAGUGCAAGGUGUACUGGUCGGGACCCUGUGCAGGAGGGAACACUACCCCACACGUCAUCGAAAGGCAGAAGAAAGUUAAACUCUUUUGUCUGGAGACCUUCUUGAGUGAUUUGAUUGAUCUUCAGAAGGGCCAGAGUAACAAAGUGCCUUCGUUUGAGAUUUACCUGUGCUUUGGUGAGGAGUGGCCCGAUGGAAAACCAAAGGAGAGGAAGCUGAUCAUGGUGCAGGUGAUACCGAUUGUUGCACGGAUGAUCUAUGAGAUGUUCAACGGGGAGUUUACACGCUCUUUCGACAGCGGCAGCAUCAGGCUUCAGAUCUCAACCCCAGACAUUAAAGAUAAUAUCGUGACCCACCUGAAGCAGCUUUACCACCUCUUGCAAACCACUCAAGGACACGAUCCAUGGCCAGUUCAGCCUCCUACCCUGCAGAUGGCACCCCCACUACAAGGCCAGUAAUGUGUCCUCCCUGCAGCUGGAGGAGUGAAAGUAAUCUCACUCUUGGUCUUGGUUGCUCUUCUAGUGAUGGUGUCAUUCAAGAACCCUGUCAUCAUGUUGUGCCAAGUUGAUUUUUAUUUUAUUCAAUCAAGCUCCCUAAAUGUUUGUCCUGCAUUGUUUACUUCUCUCCACACAUCCAGCCUUGGUCAAUAAGUUAAUGCAAGAGCCUGAACUCUCCAAGACAAGCAAUGACUUGGAGCAAGUUAAUCCCAAUCAGGCUGAUUGAAUCUUGAAAAUGCUUCUUGUUAUAAAAGGCUACAUUUAUGCAGUUCUUUUCACAACCUUAAUGUUCCAAAGCGUUUUGGAGUACUUUUCAUGUGUAGUUGCUAUCCUAAAAGAUGUCUUGGUACUCCAUUAGAUGUUGAAACAGCCCAGUAAUAUGUAUCCGUGGUGAAGCUGUGUAAUAUAAGUAACCUUAUUCCCCUUUGGAAGCACAUUGAUGCUAAAGACUCCAAAGUUUUGUCUUCAUCCUUUGAACUUUUGUAACAGUAGAGUUUGCAAUACUUGAUGAAUCCUCAGAGGGCCCAAUGCUGAAAGAUAAAUGAUGAUUGAAACCAUGUGCUUGUUCUUAUCAGAAUUCUACAACCAGAGAGCAGGAGAGGGUGUUUAAUAGAAAAUGCCUCAGAACUUGGCAAGGCACUGCUGAGUGUGGUUUUUAAAGUUCCUGCCUUUAUAAAAAGUUCCAGCCUGUUUUAUCUCGAAUGCUUUUUUAAGUUUUUAACACAAAGCCCAGAGAUGCAAGGACAAGAAGGUAAAAGCAAACACAGUUCACACUUUGGAUGCAGAAUACUGUUGGAGAUUCUUUUAAGUUUAAGUUUCUAAGUGAACAUUGACAUACAUUAAGAUUGCAUGAUUUAAAAGAUUUUGGUGGAGAAGCUGUUUCUAAAAAAAAAAGUUUAAUGAUGUUAUCUCUUAUCUCAACACAAGUUUUUUUCCUGCAGUACUGAGCACAUUUUAUACAAAAUGAUUUAUUUUAUGGCAAAGUGUCCUCUAGAAAUUUGCAUGUUUGUGAGUGGUCAGAAGAUUAAAAUUUUAUCCACUUUUAUAUCAGGGAAUAACCAGCUUUUAUGGAUCAUAGCUACUGCUUAUUGAAUUACAUGUAGUCCCUCAUAUUCAACAGUUAACUCCAAACACUAAUAUAUAGCCUACUUGAGCCAAUGUCUGUGACUUGACCUGAGCUGAUUUUACAGUGCGUGGAAUGUUUCAGGAUUAGUGUGGAGUUUGGAAAGAUGAUGGUCAAAGCAAGAACUUUAUUGACUUGUCACUUAAGUUGCAGAUAAUUUUCUUUUUGAUCAAAUCUUUCAAUUACGCGAUGAAUAUACAAUGCAUAACACUGAGAAAUUUAACUUUCACUAAGCACGUAACGUUAUUUUAUAUAUUGCAUUACUUGCUGUCUAUUUGAAAGUACUCAUUAA